AAUCAUCCUUGCUCUAUCGUCCAUCAUCUCUUCCUCCUCCUCGCUGUGUAAAGAUCUAGUAAAUCAUGUCAGAGCCGAUCUACGAAGCGACUGCCUCUGCGCCAGUCAACAUCGCCGUCAUCAAAUACUGGGGUAAACGCGACACCUCACUCAUCCUGCCCACCAACUCCUCGCUCUCCGUCACCCUCUCGCAGGACCACCUCCGAUCCACGACCACAUCCCGCGCUUCGUCCUCCUUCGACAAAGAUCGCCUAUGGCUCAACGGACAGGAGGAUGUUAUCAAACCCGGAUCGAGACUAGAGACGUGUAUCCGCGAGAUGAAGAAACUGAGGAAGGAAUUGGUGGAGGAUAAAGAUGCUAAUGCUCCCAAGCUCUCAACUCUCCCAGUCCACAUCGCCUCCUACAACAACUUCCCCACCGCCGCCGGGCUCGCAUCAAGCGCAAGCGGUUUCGCCGCGCUCGUCUCCUCCCUCGCCCACCUCUACACUCUGACCCCGCCGCUCACCUCGCCCUCCACCCUCUCCCUCAUCGCGCGUCAAGGCUCCGGCUCCGCCUGCCGCUCCCUCUUCGGCGGCUUCGUGGCCUGGGAGAUGGGCUCCACCCCCACCGGCACCGACUCGCUCGCCGUCCAAAUCGCCGACGAAGCGCACUGGCCCGAGAUGCACGCCCUCAUCUGCGUCGUCAGCGACGACAAGAAGGGGACGAGCUCCACAGCCGGCAUGCAGCGCACCGUCGAGACGUCGACUCUGUUGCAGCACCGAAUCAAGGAUGUCGUGCCCCGGAGGAUGGACGAGAUGAUUAGGGCGAUCAAGGAGAAGGAUUUCGAUUCGUUCGCGAGGAUCACGAUGGCCGACUCCAACUCGUUCCACGCCGUCGCGCUCGACACCGAACCACCCAUCUUUUACAUGAACGACGUCUCGCGCGCGAUCAUCGCCCUCAUCGUCGAACUUAACCGUGUAUCAUUGGAGAAGGGCGAGGGAUACAAAGCGGCGUAUACGUACGACGCCGGUCCCAACGCUGUCAUCUACACACUCGAUAAGAACGUCAAAGAGGUGAUCCAGCUCAUCGUCAAGUACUUCCCGCAAAAGGCGGGCGAGUUCAAGGAUAACCUCCAGGUUCUCGGAGGAGGUGUGGCCGAUAUCAACCAAGUCGCACAAGUUCCGGAGGGGUUCAAUGAGAAGGUCGCGGUGGUUAGGGAGGUUGGUGCCGUCAAGGGUUUGAUUCAUACCAAGGUCGGCGAUGGACCGAGGAGGUUGGGUGAUGAGGAGAGUUUGUUGGGCAAGGAUGGCUUCCCCAAGACUCUGGUCGCCUAA